AGAGGUACAAGACAUAAUGGGAGCAUUUUUAGACAAGCCAAAGAUGGAAAAGCAUAAUGCCCAGGGGCAGGGGAAUGGGUUGCGUUAUGGGCUAAGCAGCAUGCAAGGCUGGCGAGUUGAAAUGGAGGAUGCCCACACAGCUGUGAUUGGUUUGCCAAGUGGACUUGAAACAUGGUCAUUCUUCGCUGUCUAUGACGGGCAUGCUGGUUCUCAGGUUGCCAAAUACUGCUGUGAGCAUUUAUUAGAUCACAUCACCAAUAACCAGGAUUUUAAAAAGUCUGCAGGAGCCCCUUCUGUGGAAAACGUAAAGAAUGGAAUCAGAACAGGUUUUCUGGAGAUUGACGAACACAUGAGAGUCAUGUCAGAGAAGAAACACAGUACAGAUAGAAGUGGGUCAACAGCAGUAGGUGUGUUAAUUUCUCCCCAUCAUACUUACUUCAUUAACUGUGGAGACUCCAGAGGUUUACUGUGUAGGAACAGGAAAGUUCAUUUCUUCACGCAAGAUCACAAGCCAAGUAACCCGCUGGAAAAAGAACGAAUCCAGAAUGCAGGUGGUUCUGUCAUGAUUCAGCGUGUGAAUGGCUCUCUGGCUGUGUCACGGGCUCUCGGGGACUUCGAUUACAAAUGUGUUCAUGGAAAAGGUCCCACAGAGCAGCUGGUCUCGCCAGAGCCUGAAGUCUAUGAUAUCGAAAGAUCUGAAGAAGACGAUCAGUUCAUCAUACUUGCGUGCGAUGGUAUUUGGGAUGUCAUGGGAAACGAAGAGCUCUGUGAUUUUGUGAGAUCCAGACUUGAAGUCACUGAUGACCUUGAAAAAGUUUGCAAUGAAGUUGUGGACACCUGUUUGUAUAAGGGAAGCCGCGACAAUAUGAGUGUGAUACUGAUCUGUUUUCCAAAUGCCCCUAAAGUAUCUCCAGAAGCAGUGAAGAAGGAGGCAGAGUUGGACAAGUACCUGGAAAGCAGAGUAGAAGAAAUCAUAAAGAAGCAGGGGGAAGGAGUCCCUGACUUAGUCCAUGUGAUGCGCACAUUAGCCAGUGAGAACAUCCCCAGCCUCCCACCAGGGGGUGAAUUGGCAAGCAAGCGGAAUGUAAUCGAAGCCGUUUACAAUAGACUGAAUCCUUAUAAAAAUGAUGACACUGACUCGACAUCAGCUGAUGAUAUGUGGUAAAACUCAUCUAGGCGUGGAGUUUGCCUUCACCUCCAAAGGAGUGUACACUCGGCUUCCUUGAACCUUUCAAAAAUCUAUCUUCAACUUUGAACGAGGGCACGUGACCGACCGGUGAGAGUGACUGCACCAGAGAACUUCAGCAGUGCGACAGCUAGCCCAGAACUGAUUUUUUUUUUGUAAAUUUGAGACUUAUGUCAGCGUGAUUUCAACCCGUAAUUCAUGUUGUAAAUCAGACUCCAACAAUUUUUGUUGUAUGAUUUUGUUUUUUGUAAAGUGUAAUUGUCCUUGUACAAAACGCUCAUAUUUAAUUAUGAACUGCUUUAAAUCACUAUCAGAGUUAAAGAAAUCUUUGGCUUGUUGUGUGAUGCAACAGAUACAUAGCCCUUCAUUUGGACUCUGGUGGGACAGGGAGUACAGGUAUGUCAGCAAGACACCACUCGAGUCUAUUGGUUGAGAGAAUAAUUGCAAAACCUUUACAAAGCUGAAUGUGCAGAGUCAUUACUCAAGACUAUUCAAUGUCUAUGGCAGUGGGGUUGGCCUGGUUGAGAAAGCUGGUCCCUUCAUUUAACUAUCUUUCAGGUGGUUCUCUUGUUUGUUUGCUGUGGGUAUUGCAGGUAAUAGAGUCUGCCCGGAACAUCAAGCUUGGGCCCAGAAGGCCUUGGUACUCCACACCUCUUCCACCAGUCCUUUCGUUUAAUUACUAAUUGAUAAGCAGCAGCUUCCUACAGUCCAGUAGGAGACUGCCACAUUUUUGCUAUCAUGAUUGGCUGGGCCUGCUGCUGUUCCUAGUAAGAGAUUCUGAAUUCCAUUUUAUCAAUAAAGCUUGAUUUAACAAACAAGA